AUGGAAGGAAGAGUCAACGCUCUUUCAAACAUACACGACCUAGAACUACACAAUUUCUUGGUCGAUCCAAACUUCGAUCAGUUCAUAAAUCUCAUCAGAGGAGAUCAAACCAUCGAAAACCCAGUUCUCGAUUUCGAUCUUGGUCCAUUACAGAACAGCCCAUGUUUCAUCGACGAGAACCAGUUUAUCCCAACACCUGUCGACGACCUGUUCGACGAAUUGCCUGACUUAGACGCCAAUGUCGCCGAAUCGUUCCGUAGCUUUGACGGCGAGAGUGUUAGAGCCGGCGGCGAAGACGAUUACAACGACGGCGAUGAUUCUUCAGCCACCACGACGAACAACGACGGAAGCCGCAAGACGAAAACGGAUCGGUCAAGGACUUUGAUCUCAGAGAGAAGGAGGAGAGGUCGUAUGAAGGAUAAGCUUUACGCUUUGAGAUCUCUUGUUCCCAACAUUACUAAGAUGGAUAAAGCUUCCAUAGUGGGAGAUGCAGUGUCGUAUGUUCAAGAACUGCAAUCACAAGCCAAGAAACUCAAAGCCGACAUCGCGGGCCUUGAAGCUUCUCUAAACUCUACUGGAGGGUACCAAGAACCCGUCUCAGAUGCUCUCAAGACUCAACCUUUUCGCGGUAUCAAUCCUCCUGUUUCCAAGAAAAUCAUUCAGAUGGAUGUGAUUCAAGUGGAGGAGAAAGGUUUUUAUGUGAGGUUGGUGUGUAACAAAGGAGAUGGUGUUGCUCCAUCACUCUACAAGUCUUUGGAGUCUCUCACAAGUUUUCAAGUGCAAAACUCAAACCUAAGCUCUCCUUCUUCUGACAGAUACCUCUUAACAUAUACAUUAGAUGGGACAUGUUUUGAACAGAGCUUAAACUUGCCUAACUUGAAGCUGUGGAUCACUGGAUCACUUCUAAACCAAGGGGUCUAA